UUCUGUCCGUCUUCCGGUCACGAUACUGCGUAUGAUGAACACACUAUCAAAUAGUUUUCUAUAUAAUAAUAUGCCGCCAGUUAUUGUGAUGUGAAUGUAUGAGUGUCAGAUAACAAAGAUACAAAAUCAAAAAGUGCUAAAGUGAGAGCGAAAUAAUAAAUAAAUGAACGUUAACGUGAGUGUGAAAAAUAAAAAUGGCCAACGAGUUUAAGUUUUUAGUUGGUGUUAAAUGACGCUACUACUAAAUUAAAGAUAAUACAAAAAAAUCCAGAAAAAUAUAUAUAUAUAUAUACAUAUAUAUAUAUGUAUAUAUAUAUAUAUAUAUAUAUGUUUCUGAUUAUUUAUAUAUAUGCUAAUUGUUAAUUGUAAAUGAUUACAAUUAAAAAACCAUGACAACUUUACAAGAUGUGUCUGCGCAAUUGAUGAAACCUGCUAAAGAUUUAGCUGAUUGGAAUUUCCCUCUGUCAAAGGUGCUAGAGAGUUAUUAUACGUUACUUGAUCAACAAGAAGAUUUAAAUUUUGGUGAAGCUGCAUUAGUUUUGCAAAAUUCAGCAAAUGUUUAUGUAAGACGAGUUGAAUCUUUGUAUCAAGAGACAACAGCAUUACAACAGUCUUUUUUAAACCAUGAACACGAAGAGGAAGCAGAAAAGGGAACAAAAUCAACCCGGCGAUCCCGUAAAACUCAGAUAGAUUUCAAAAAUUUUGAUUUACUGAACUUAUCAUCCGAAACAAUUAAAAAUUCAACUCAAAAAUCGACUCCGUCUAAAAUUCAAAAAAUAAAACUAAUUAACCAACGUUACCCUCAACUAGAAAACAUCACACGUCAAACAUUCACCAACAACAUAAUUGACAUCAAUGGUGAAAUAAUCGGCAAAAAAUACGACUUUCGUUGUAAUCAACAAUUAUCAACAUCACGUAUGCUAAUAGAUGCAAUAACCCCAUUAGAGUUUACGUCCACACCAUCAAUUAGUCAGUCCACGAGUUCUAAUUACACUUCCGAAAGUUCAGAGUCAAUUUCUGUUGAUUCUAAUCCGCAAAAUCUUGAUGUUGAUACAAAUACUGAUAAUAUAGAAACCGAUUUGAAUUUUGAAAAUUUUGAUUCAUGUUCCGAUUACGACACCCAUGCCAACGGCAUGUUGAGUCCGACAAUUGAAUCAGCUUAUGGAUCAACGACAUCGAAUUCAAAUCCCAAUACCCCUAGCUCGCGUAUAAAUUCAGAUUUUUCAGCACCAAUCAGUGACUCAAGUGGUCGUGAUUCUGAUGAACCAUUGCUGUCAUCAGACACCGAUACUCCAAUCGAUUGUGAUACAAGUAAUGAACUUAUUGAUGAAUCUGAUAAUGUGACACCUGAUUCACUAUCAGAUUUAAAUCAUAGGACUCAAGAAUCGGGAAUUGGAACUCAAGAAUCAGAGACAAGCCCAGAAUUAGUGACUGAAAGCACACAAGUAGAGUCUAGUAGUUUAGAAUUAAAUAAUUUAUCAGUAGAGUCUGAAAAUAGUAAAACUCAAGUACAAAAUUCAAAUAAAUUAAUUGAAAAUUGUGAUAAUAACCAAAGUCUUGAUAAAAUUCCAAGAACACGUGACUCGAUAGAAACUGAUGCUGGUUACACAUCCGGUGAUCCUGAUGAUUGUCUAUCAUUUUCACCAAUUAAGAGAUUGCGUAGUUCAGUAAAUUCCAUUCCAGAUAACUCUGAUUCAAACAAUAAUAAUAAUAGUAAUACUAAUAGUGAUAACAUCAGUAUACUUGACCCAAUACCAUUUGAAUCGAGUGUACCAGACAAAUUACCCCGUUUGAGACGGGAAUUUAAGCUGCCCUGUCAUGUCGCUCUUUUGAAAGGGUCGAGGAAAACUAAGAAACGCAAAUUGACGGACAAUGAGUGGAAAAAAAAUCAACUUAAGUCAUUUUUAAUGAGCGACAAUGAGAGUUUGAGGGAUAAAAAGUUGAAAAAGUUAAUUUCUGAUAACAAACAAGAAAUAAAGCGGAUGUUCAAUGAACAGAAGGAACUCGUUGAAGAAAUUGAACGCGCUAAUUACUGUCCUGUGAUGAUCGGUGAUGAUUUGGUUGGGUAUGAGUCCAGAUUGGUGGAUGAUGACGUAGGCUGUGAUGAUGGCAUGAGGAUCGAUGAGGAAGACGAUGAUGAUUGUCAAAGCGAAAGAAGGAUUGAGACAAAGAGGAAUAAAAUGUUUACGAGUUAUUCUGAUGGUUUCUAUUCAUCCCCACGGUCCCUUGAUGAUUUUUCUGAUCUCGAAACAACUGGAGAUUUGGAAUUAGCGGAGAGACUGCAGGAGACGGAGUCAGCUACUGUUGAUCAGAGUCUGAUGGAGAGAAUCGAGAGGAAAAUGGAAGAAUUGAGGAAGGAAUUUGAUGUUAGAAAUGAACGGGAAGAAGAAUCUGCUAAAUGGCUGGAGACUAUGGAAGCUCUGAAAGUGGUCGCUAACAGACCGAGUUUUCAUGUCGAUGAGUAUGAGAAAAGAAUUUUAGACAGUUUGAAAAUGAAGGAAACGCAUCAAGUGGAUUUCCAUGAGAUCGCGGAAAAUGAAGAAGAACCGGGAAAUAUUGCGAGACUGUUCGUUGCUUCGUUACAUUUGGCGAAUACUUACAAUGUAGAAAUAAAUGUCAAUGACAUCAAUAGUGAGGUCAAUUUAACGUUACUAGAUAACACUGAUACAGAAACAAGUUGAGUUUAAAAAUUCGACAUUGUUUAAUGACUACCAAAAAGUGUUCGUAUUUAAAUGAAAAGAAAAAAAAAAUUCCAUUUGCUAAGUUAUCGAACAAUUGUUUAAUUGUUUGGAACAACUCAUUGAAACGAAUCAAAAACUAAACAUCUGACAGGACGAAAGAUAUAAAUUGACUUAAUAAAAUAGAAUAUAUAUUUAUCAUUAAUUUAAAUCUAUAAAUAUUUUUAAAAAACUGACAUAAACAAUAUAUUGAUAUUUUUCUACAGAGUUUUGUAGUUGAAACAAAAAAUAAAUUAAAAAAAAAA